AUGGCCGCUCAGCAAGGGCCAAAAACGGCGGGCACAAACAACACAUCACUCACUCACUGCAUGGCAGGCUUCGAUCGGCUAUGUACGAACCUAUGGACAAUACUUUGUCAUCGUGGAGUGUCCUGCAACCGAGCAGCCAGAGUGAUCGCCUUAUGGAUCCGCCCAGUGACUAGCAGACGCCAUUACAGAUACCCACUACAAGCGUUCAGGACGGCCAUGCGGCCACAAAGGCGCCAAAAAUCAUUCCAGCGGAAUAACGUGCUACCGGGGCUCACCCACGCGUUCCCAUACACACAGCAGCUGGACCAAAGAGCAACCUCUGCAGCCACACUACCUACCCAAACAAAGAACCUCGGACCAAAGAAGCACGUCUCUACAUCCAGAGAAUAUGGCCGAACACUGUACAAAAGGACGCUUCCCACAGAAACACCAAAGAGGGACUUAAACCCAGAGGUUCCACUGAGCAAAGCGCUCUGCAUGGACACAGCAAGUACAUACUACUGA